AUGAAAAGAAAAGGAAGACCUAGGAAAUUAGAAAAGCAUAUAAAAACUGAUCUGAAAUUAAAUAAAAGAGAUAAAAAUAAGCGCGAAAAGGCGAAAAAAAGUAUUGAUCAAAGUGAAAUCGCUGAAAUCUGCAAACUCCCUUUAGAAGAGAUGAAAGAAAAAGCUCUAUCUUUAGAUAUUAGCCAGCAAGAAACAAUUUAUCAGCUACUAAGUCAGCCACCUAAUUGAAUCAAAGAAACUGCUAAUUUGCAUGAAAAUUUUCCUGAUCUCUCCAAGAGUCUCCCAAGUCAUCAGAAAGUUUCAUCAAAAAUAACUCACAUAAUUUCAAGUAUCAUGAUUUCAGCUGGAGAUGUCAUGCCUCCAAAUCCUCAAACUGUGCAAAUUCUCACUGAAUAUAUCCAUAAAUUUAUAAAAGCAGAAUCUUUACUACCCCCAAAUGAACUGAAAGAGAAAUACUCAAAACUAUACAAAAAAUUGCAAGAUUCCAAAGACCUUGAAAAAGAAAUUGCAUUUGAAGAUGAAUUAGAAGAAGAGAGCGAUGAAGAGAUGAAAGAAAUGGACAGAGAAGCAAAUUUAAGCUUUGAAAGGUUAGAAUUUAACGACUUACGGACCAAAGAUAUGAACCCUGAAGAAUACCAGCAGUUUAGUGCCUGCAGAAGAACAAAUUUCAACAGUCUUGGAAAGAAAAAAUUCCUUAAGUGGAGCUCAUGUCAGCAUUCAUUUGAAUUGCUUGCACAAGUUGCCUGGGAAAAAAUAUACUCAAUGGCUGAAAAUGCAAUCAGAAAACGGAAUCACGAAGGAAAGCUGACUAUUCAAAGCACAGCAAUUACACCCGAAGAGCUGGAGUUGGUAUAA